GUAUAUUUGAUUUGACCUCAGCGGGUAAUUUCUUUCAAGGACGAUGGUGUUGUUCGACUCAUACGAAAAGCAGUAUGGUAAUCUUACGAGUGAAAUAACAUUCAAGUUGGGAAAAAUUCCUCGCCUUAGUGGCGAUGAACGAACGAAAGAAAUACGUGAUGUAUCGACACUUUUUGAUGAGGCUAGAGAGUUAAUCGAACAGAUGUCACUAGAGAUUCAAGAAAUGCGACCUGACUUGCGAAUGAAAUAUCAAAACAGACUUGAUUGCUACCGGAAAGAACUAGAAAAACUCACGUUUGAGUUUAAGCGACCACGUUACGCUGCGCGCUUACCUGAUAAAAAGGAUCCGGCAGCUUCUGACGAUGAAGAAAGUUUGCGUGAAGAGGUUCUCUUUGAUGCAGAUAUGAGAGCACAACUUCUAAGCAACACUGAAAGGAUAGCUCGGUCUACCACGAAGUUGGAGGAUGGAGUCCGCAUCGCUUUAGAAACAGAAGACGUUGGUGGACACAUCUUACAGGAUUUAAGCGAGCAGAGAGAAAAGCUUCAAAGGAGCAGAGAUCGCCUUCGCCAGGCAGAUUCUGAUCUGAAAAGGAGCUCACGAUUAGUUUCUGUAAUGACUCGUCGAGUCCUUCAGAACAAAGUCCUACUAAUCGCUGUGAUAUCUCUAAUGGUGUUAAUCUUUUUCGUAGCCAUAUAUCUGGUAACUCGCCAUGCUACUACACCAGUCGCAGUAAAUUCAUCUCACCCGUGAUAUACAUGCAUACAUAUAUAUUAUCAUCUUUCUUGUUGGUGUCCAUGGGGUUCGUCUCCUUACUGAGGUGAAUACGACGAUCGUCUUAUAUCCGCAACUACUGCAUUGUUUAUUGUGAUAAUAUCUCCUGUGUUUUAUCAUGCGUUGCUUUCUCUUUUAUAAUAUUGACUAAUAUUUUGUCUUACUUUUGAAACAAAUGUAUGUGAUUUGAAUUUCAAGCGUAAACAGAAGUUCAAUUCUUUAUACAUCACUUUUUCAUUUUCAUUUCUUCUACACUUUAUUUGUUGGUAUUUCUUUCCUUUUUUUGUGACUAACAUAAAUGAUUAAAUAUAUUUUGUUUCUGCAGAAGAAUACAAGGUUACUCAUCAGUUGUUUAUAUUCAUACAUUUUAGUACAUAAAUAUGCUUAUUACUUCUAUGAAUUUCAAAGAAUUUUCGUUUUUAAGUCUCUAGGAUCCACAAUACUGAUAUCUUCAAUGCGUAUAUCUUUCACUGGACGUUCGUAUUGUGUUGGUGUUUCUUCCAUUUUGUCCAAUGUUGAACUGCCUUCAAUCACCCUUCUGAAAGCGUGAAAAAUACAAUAUUUGUUAGUCGAUUUAAAAUUUGAGCAUUUGUUUAUUAGAGAUAAAAAUAAUGUCUACAUAUCCGUUUUCUAAUAUAUUCACAAUGUAACAUUGAGCUGGUAGUAGUGUAAAGGAAAUCUGACAAGCUUUUCUACAAAUCAAGUUGAGUUAAUACCUUAUAAACAAACCAUUCCCUAUAUUAUACUCUUAUUUUAAUAUGAUGCGUACUGUCAUACACCAGUGAGCGGGUUAUCAUUUUGAUGAGUAUUACCAACAGUCUCAAGUUGCAAGUCAUUAGUUCUUAUCAUUCUGGAGGACUGCAAUCACGCAGUCUACAAUUCUUUAACGUGGGUGACAUCACGCACGCGUCAAGCCAUUGCUC